CCCACACUUGUCCGGGACCUUUUAUAACAUAGUGUAGUGUUGUUGUCAGACUCGGACACAGUUCCCCUUGACAGAUCCCUGAAGAUGUCUUCUAUGAAGAGUUAUUACAACGCGGAUCCUUUGGUGCAGUAUUGUGUAAAGAAUUCAUUGAGAUUAACCGACGUGCAAAAACGCCUGAAUGACGUCACUCUGCAGCACAGUAGAGCCGCGAUGUUGGGAGCUCCCGAGGUUCUGCAGCUCAACUCCAACAUAAUGCAGGCGAUCGGGGCCAAGAAAGUGCUAGACAUCGGGGUGUUCACCGGCGCCAGUUCCCUCUCCGCCGCCUUGGCUCUGCCUCCUGAGGGGAAGGUCCACGCCCUGGACAUCAGUGAGGAGUAUACCAACAUAGGCAAGCCGUUCUGGGAGGAAUCCGGAGUCGCGGACAAGAUCCGCCUGCACAUCGCUCCGGCUGCCGAGACGCUGCAGAAGUUCGUCGACGGCGGAGAAGCCGGCACCUUCGACUACGCCUUCAUCGACGCCGACAAGACCAGUUACGAUCGAUACUACGAACUGUGCCUCACCCUGCUGCGUCCUGGAGGAGUCAUCGCCUUCGACAACACGCUCCUAGACGGGGCUGUGGUCGACCCCUCUAAAGACACCCCCAACACGGUGGCCAUAAGGAAGCUCAACGAAAAGCUGAAGGACGACCAGAGAAUCAACCUCUCUUUCCUCAAGAUUGGCGAUGGCUUGUCGCUCUGCUUCAAAAAGUGAAUUGCUCUUUGCACCCGAUGGGCACGAGUCUACCACGAUGGUAAUUCACGUCGUUUCAGAAGACUAUGUGACCCCAAUACUUCAUAAAUAACAGUUAUAAA